GCGGCAGACCGGCAGGAGCAGCAGGAGACGGGGAAGAGGCGGUGAGACGGAAGCCGUGAGGAGGCGAAUCAUUCGGGACGGAGAAGGAUGAGGCGGGAUGUGCGCAUUCUCCUCCUGGGAGAAGCCCAGGUGGGGAAAACCUCGCUGAUCAUGGCCCUGGUGGGUGAAGAAUUCCCUGAAGAGGUGCCUCCCCGUGCAGAAGAAAUCACAAUCCCAGCCGACGUCACCCCUGAGAAGGUUCCCACCCACAUCGUGGACUACUCAGAGGCAGAGCAAACAGAAGAGGAGCUCCGAGAGGAAAUUAACAAGGCAAACGUGGUCUGCAUGGUGUAUGACGUCACGGAAGAGUCCACCAUUGACAAGAUUCGGACAAAAUGGAUCCCGAUGGUGAACGGUGGAGCCGAAAAGUGUUCCAGGAUCCCCAUCAUCCUCGUGGGAAAUAAAUCUGACUUGCAGACAGGAAGCUCCAUGGAAACCAUCUUGCCCAUCAUGAACCAGUUCUCGGAGAUUGAGACCUGCGUAGAGUGCUCUGCAAAGAACUUGAAGAAUAUCUCCGAGCUCUUCUACUAUGCCCAGAAAGCAGUUCUGCAUCCGACGGCUCCUUUGUACGACCCAGAGGAGAAACAGCUGCGACCAGCAUGUACACGAGCACUCACUCGGAUUUUUAACAUGUCUGACCAGGAUAACAACCAGAUCCUAAGCGACGACGAGCUGAACUAUUUCCAGAAGUCCUGCUUUGGAAACCCAUUGGCCCCUCAAGCUCUUGAAGACGUGAAAAUGGUGGUCUGGAAGAACACGACAGAUGGGGUCCAGGACAACGGCCUGACGCUCAACGGCUUCUUGUUUCUCAAUACUCUCUUCAUCCAACGAGGACGACAUGAAACCACAUGGACCAUCCUGCGCCGCUUUGGCUAUGACGAUGCUCUAGAGCUUACAGAUGACUAUCUCUGCCCACUAGUCCGGGUGCCGCAUGACUGCUCCACGGAACUCAAUCACUUUGCCUAUCAGUUCCUGCAGAGGAUGUUUGAGAAGCACGACAAGGACCGUGACGGCGCCCUCUCCCCGGCUGAGCUGCAGAGCUUCUUCAGCGUGUUCCCCUGCGUGCCCUGGGGCCCCGAGCUCUACCACACGGUAUGCACCACUGAUAAAGGCCUGCUUUCCCUGCAUGGAUUCCUCUGCCAGUGGACGCUGGUGGCCUACCUGGACAUCCAUCGCUGCUUGGAGCACCUGGGCUAUCUGGGCUACCCCAUCUUCUCUGAACAGGACUCCCAGGUCCACGCCAUCACAGUUACACGGGAAAAAAGAAUCGACCUGGAGAAGGGCCAGACCCAUCGGAAUGUCUUCCUCUGCAAAGUGGUUGGGUCCCGGGGUGCCGGCAAGUCUGCGUUCCUGCAGGCCUUCUUGGGGAAAAACAUGGCUGCCCAGAGUGAGUCCAAGGGAAAAGAAGUCUCCUAUACUAUCAAUACAGUUCAAGUCAAUGGACAAGAAAAAUACCUAAUACUUCACGAGAUUGAUGUGGAUGCGGAGUUUGCAAAGGCAUCAGAUGCGUCUUGUGAUGUUGCCUGCUUAUUGUAUGAUUUGACGGAUCACAAGUCUUUCAACUACUGUGCUAGUGUUUAUAAGACACCUCAACGACAUCGAUCUGGGAGCUGCUUCUUUCUGGAUCCGCAUCGCUUUGGGAGCCACAGUUGCUGCCGUUGUAGGUGUCACGCUUUACAAGGCGAUGGCGAAAAACAAAUAGAGGAGGAGGAGAAAGAAGAAGAAGCCACCAACCCUCUUUCUUCCUCCUUCCUUUCCCCCCUGGCUCUACAAAACCAGCUCCAUUGCCCUUGAGCAAGCAGCAUGCCACACAGGAAAGGGGAAGAGAUUGCCACCCGGAGAAUAGCUUUUCCCUUGACCUCUUUUACUCUCACUGCAGGGGGAGCUGGGUAGGAUGGACGGCCACCAUUGCAGCACCAGCAGAAGCCGAAAUCAUUGCAGGAAAUCAUCUCACAGGCAAGACUCCGCUUCGCAUUCCGUCUCCAAAAAGUACAUUUUCCACACUCAGGGAGUGCCUCCCCUCAGCCAUAGUUAUCUUCCGUGACCUCUAGAUGCAUCUCAAGGCUCCACUGCACUUUUUGUACCACCCUGGGAGGUUUUUCUUCAAAGCCUGAAGCCAUUGCAACAAAAUGAAUUAUUAUUCCUUUUUUUAAAAAAAGAAAGACUUCUGUUUUAUGGGAUCCUCAGGCACAAGGGGGAAGGGGCUUAGAGAGCCUAACAAAAAAAAAAAAUCACUGUGCGCCGCUUGGUUCUGGAAGCCACCGGAAGGGCUGUCCCUUGUGUCUUGUUUUGUACUGAAGAUGCGGAUGCGCUCAACCAUCAUUGUGGGGGACGGGACCGAACAGGGUUUAGCACUCUUUGACAUCACACAAGGAAUACAUGUGCUAGGACAAAAGGGACAUCGAAUGAGGAAACCCAGAAAGCAUGCCAUUGAUUGCUUCAACAAUGAAUGUAUAAUGGCCUUUCUGCGAUACGCUCCCUUCGAGCGCAUUAUGUCUCCCAGUACUACAGACGUCAACUUGCUGCAUGUUUGUAUGAGCUACCUUCACCUUUUUUCGCAUUGUUAUUCUGGGUUCACAUUGCUAUGGCAACCACCUGGAAAGCCUCUAACCACCUCUUUUUUUCUUAGGUAGGUUGGCAGGGACCAUCUCCCAUCCUCCUGACUUGGACGGGCUGAUGGGAUUUGGAGAAUUCCAAGUUCUCCACGGCUCUGAAAAGGUGAAGGUGUGUGAGAUGGUUGUUUAGCAGUGUUAACUGUUGUUUCUAUUAGGGAAGGUUUGGCCUUCCAAUGGUAAUUACCAUGAUUGGGUUGCCGGCUUUGAGAACUGGAAGAGGGCUUUUGCACCUUGUUAAUAUAGGAGAGGGAACGUUUGCAGGUAUUGCUUGUCACACCAGAAAUUCACUGUUUGGCUCAACCAUUAAUGGUACAAGAGUCCUCCAUUGCACAUUGGCAUCGCUAAUCUAGCAGGCAUGAGCCAACUUCACCCCCCCUUCCAGGAAUGGUGGGAGCUGAAGUCCAAAACACCUGGAGGAGGACCGAAGUUGGCCCAUGCCUGUUCUAGAGUAAUCUUGAUUAACAGUGGGGCCGUUGUCUGCUGCUUUCCGCCCCCCUGCCCCCCCCCCCCAGCUCUUCUUGCUCAUCUCUAUGAAAGCCUGACAGCUACAGAUGUAAGAGUUGGCGUUCUCCUAGCUUCUUGCUUUGCUUUCCAGCAAGGGCCACUGCAAGAAAAGAUGGGAGGCAGACCUGAUGUCCAGUGCAACCCACCUUUCUUUUUCUUUUUUUAAUCCAUCCUCUGCUUUAAAUAUAUAUAUAUAUAGUUGUGUAAAUAUGUAUAUGAAAAAGGGAAUGCUUUCCUGCCCUCGGUAGUGAGUAAGCCACUUGGGAAACAUUAAAAAAACCAAGCUUUUAAAAAAACAGUGCAGCGUUCAGCCAUUCCUGCGCUGUUCCUGGGAAGGGAGAGAGUGGGUCUUUUUCAAGGAGGGUCCUUAAUCUUUUUUGAGGAGGGUCCUUAUUCCCCUGUGCGUCUUGCUGGUUUUUGUUUUAUUUUUGAAUACAAAACUCAGUUUGGGAUGCAGACACUUACGUCCUCAGUAAAUAAAAGCAGCUUCUCUUUUGCCAGCUCUGUGCCGCCCGGUUGUGCCUGCGUAGGAGAGACAUGGCCAGUGUUUGAGAAAGUUACCUUUCGGAGCUCUGGCUCCCAGGAUCUCCCAACCAGUUUGUCCAUUGACUAAUAUGUUGCCUGAACAAUUCUGAAAAAGGGGAGUGUUUCCAACUAUUGGAGACAUGAAGCUGUCAAUGGGACCCAGGAGGACACAACUGUUUGCACUGUUUCCACAGCUAUAACUGUACUUAUAACACCACCAGGACACUUCAAACAUGAUCCAUACUGUUGCUUAGGAAGGGUAAUUUAUUUUGAGGUGUAUCCACACCAGACAGUUACAGCAGUUUGAUUCUGCUUUAAGUGUCAUGGCUCCAUCCUUUAGAAUCCUGGGAUUCGUCAUUGAGUAUUUGUAACUCAAUAGUUCAGGAUUAUUGGGGUUAGGAACCUGGAAUUAUCUUGCCUGCUACCCCAAAAGGGAGCUAGUCUGGACCUUAUUGACAGACAUCACAAGUGCCUUGCCAAACUAGAAAUCCCAGGAUUCCACUGGAUGGAGCCAAGACAGCAGAAGUGGCAUCCUUCUACUUCCUUUGGAUUGGGUCAUUUAUGCCACCUCCACUCCUACCUUGAAUGGGGUGUGUGUGUGUGUUUCUGGGCAUUUCUUAAGUCUUCUAGUACAAUUCUAUGGUCAAAUGGAAUCAUACUGAAGGAUCUAGAAAUGCUUAGAGAAGUGUUGUCUUGGGUGGAAAACAACAACAGUGGGCUUAAAUUUAUGUUUUUUGCACUUUGGUGCAGCUUCCUGGCCCUGAACCCUCACAAAUGUGGAGAGCCAACAUUAAGAUAAGUUAAAACAAGGCCUGCCUUUUGAACCUCUUUAUACGUUUUUUAAAAGUAUAGAGUUAUGGGCCAAUGGGGAAAACUGCAGAGAAGCAGGUCUUGAAUCCCAGUUGUCGUUUGUGUCUUUUUGAGCAUAGUCUCAUCAGAUGUAUUUAUUUAUCGUGUCAGGGGCAACCAGACAAUUGUAUUACAUUUCUAACAGAACAAAACAAACAGACACAAAACAAAAUUUGCAAGCUUGGCAGUUGAUUAAAUGUCCUUUGACCAGUA